AUGGAUUAUGGUGGAUAUGGUGUGUUAAUAGGGGAUAGCGGCGGCUUUGACAGAGCAUCAAACAAUGUUGGGCCGGUCGAUGGCAGCUUACUGCUAAGAAACCUAGGAGUAGAGGAUGCGGGAUUAUACGAGUGUUCAGUAGAGAACGAGACAGCGUAUAUUGACAGGGUCAACCUUACAGUCAGGAGUAAGUCUUCACAUUAA